AUGGUGAUAAAAUUUGAAACAUGGGCUUUAAUACUAUAUUUGACUAUUUUAUGGUUUAAUGAAAGUAUUUGUUUAGAACCCCCAGUACUUGUAAAACCUAAACCUACAUUUGAUUUAUCUACUUUAAAGUUGGAAUCAAGUUCAACACUAGCACCAAUUGAAUCAUCUAAUUCAUUUGUUCAGGCAACUAGUUUAAGCCCACAAAAUGGCCCUGUAAAUGGUGUAACAAAAUUAUCAAUAAAUGGUGUUGGUUUCUCACUAGUUCCAAAAUUGUAUAUUCACUUUGAUGUAACUGAAGGGCCUUAUGAAGUAGUUGAAAUUGAACCUAUUUCUGAUACAUUACUAGAAGUUAAGACACCUAUUAAUAUAUCUAAGGGUGAUAUUGGUAAGACAGUCUUAGUAAGUGUACAUUCACAUCCAAAUGUAGUUUUACAAAGUAAUAGUGCAUUAAUUUUCCGAGUUUAUCCUAUACCUGUAAUAACAAAGAUAUAUCCAGAUCAUAUUGGAAUGUCUGGUGGUACAGAAAUAAUUAUAUUUGGUCAUGGAUUAUUUGCUACCGAUGAUUUAAAGUGCCUUUUUCAAAGUAAAGAGAGAUCAAAGAUUGUAGAUGCAUCUUACUCAAUGAGAAUAGACCCAAAUACAAUAGUUAAUAAACAAAUCAAUAAUCUCAAUAAUAUUACUUUAACAAAUGAAAAAGUUGAUAGUGAGAAUAAAAAAAAAAUAAGAGAAUCUGAUAAUUCUACUAAAAUUAAUUUAUUUAGACCAAAUACAGAUAUAAAAUUAUCUACAUCACCAUUACCAUCAAUAGUAUGUGAGAGUCCUUCUUGGACUGUUUCUGAAACAGUUUCUUUGUCUAUCUCAUUUAAUGGAAUUCAAUACCAUUUAUGUACUGAAAAUUUAGUUUUUGAAGAAGAAUCAUCUUUAUUUGGGAAUGUAGCUCAUGUUGUAAAAGAGAGAGAUCAACCAUCAGAAAAAUUAUUAACUAGUUCAGAUAAAAUAAAUAUUUUAAAAAAUAAUGGUAAUGUUAAACAGAAUUCAGUUGAUUUUAUAUUAGAAAGUAGUAUAAAACAUCACAAUUUUUUAUCUGAAAAUAAUAAUAUUCAUCGUUAUACUGAUAAUUCUGGAAAUUCAUACACUCUGAGUAAUCCAAUUAAUGCAUCAUUAUUACAGAGUGAUUAUGGUCUAUUUUUAGAAAUUGUAAUAUUAUUAUAUUCAUCAUUUAUAUUUGGUACUAUUUGUCGUUUUAUUGGUUUACCAUUAUUAUUAGGUUAUAUAAUUGGUGGAUAUAUAGUUGGUCCUUAUGGAUUUGGUUAUAUCUCUCAACCAAUACAAAUGAUUUCUAUUGCUCAAAUUGGUGUGUGUUUAAUUCUUUUUAUGUUAGGAUUAGAAUUUUCAUUUAAAAGAGUUUCAUCUAUUGGCAAAGUGAUUGUUUAUUGUGCAAUAUCAUCAUUAUUAUUAUUUAUUUUAUUAUGUAGUACAUAUUCUAUUUGGAUUGGUACACCAAUUAGAGAAGGGAUUUUUAUUGGUGCAUUUAUUUCAAUGAGUUCGACUGCAGUUGUUAUUGGAGAAUUACAAUUAGAUACAAAAGAAAGUAUGCUAACUAUAGGUGUAUUAAUAUUACAAGAUUUAUUACUAGGUUUAAUAUUAGCAUUAAUACCUGCAUUGCAAAUUUCUACAGUUAAUAACACAAAUAAAGGAUAUUUUGAAAAUAAUUUAAAUAAUUCAAAGAGUAUAUUUAAAUAUAGGAUUAUCUUAAUAAUAACAUAUUUUAGUAAGUUAACAUGGAAGAUUUUAAAACCAUUUCUAGUCUUAUUUUUAUUUGGAUUAAUCUCAUAUAUAGUAAAGGUAAUAGUUUUCCCAUUUAUUUUAUUCUUUUUACUCAAGACAAAAAACAAAGAAAUAAUUCUCAUUGGAAUUAUAAGUAUUGUAUUAAGUAUAUCUUCAUUAACUGAAUAUCUUGGAUUAUCAAUGGAAAUGGGAUCAUUUGUAGCUGGAAUAAUACUAUCAAGUAUAUUAGGUGAUGAUGAUUCUCACUUUAAGCAUGAUUUUAUUCAAUCAGUUGAAUCCUUAAAAUGGCUAUUUUCAAUGUUAUUUUUUACAAGUAUUGGACUUGUUAUAGAUGCUACUUUUAUUUGGGAUAAUUGUUUGACUAUUGGAACUGUUUGUAUCUUCAUAUCAAUAAUUAAGUUUAGUGUUAAUUUCAUAUUAUUUCUUAUAUUUGGACAUGACUCAAGAAUAGCUGGCCAAACUGCUGUUUUACUGGCAAAUUUGGGUGAAUUUGGUUUUGUAUUAGCUUCAAAAGGGAUGUCUUUAGGGAUUAUUUCAAGAAAAGUAUAUUUGUUAUUAGUAGGAAUAACAGUUGUGUCUUUAAUAACAACUCCAAUUAUUUUAAGAUUACUAUCAUACUUAACAAAUCAGAGGCAAACUAACAUUCAAUUGUGUGAUAUACAAUCAAUAGAUACGCACAGUAUUGAGAUAAAAAAUAUUGCAAAUAAACUUUCAAGUAGCAAAUUUUCUUCAUUUUAUCAUUUUGAGCAAGACACUUAUUUCUAUAAAAGAAAGAUUAGCAAUAAAAUGGCAAGUUUAGUUAAGGGUUGGAAUUUAUUUAAAAAUAAUAAUUGUAUUGUAUUACCUAGUGAUGAUGAAUAUGAAAAUCCUAGGAUAUUUGGUGAUAAUAUAGUUUUGAAUAAUAUAAAUAAAAGUAAACAAAUUGACAAUGAUCACUGUAUGCAAUCAAGUGAUUUUGAUAUAGAUUCUACAAAUAUUAGUUUAGAAAAUAUUGAUGAAUUUACAUUGGCUCAUGUCACUCAUCUAAAUAACUCCAUGAUAAAAAGAUGA